UUAAGUUUCAAAUUCAAACAUUUUAGUACUUAUUCAUGAAUGAAAAUGGUGUUUAGAAUUCUUCAAUAUUUCAUGAACCACCAGAAAUUGGUUGAUAAAUUAGCGGAAUCUAAUUUUAUGAGAAGUAUUGCACGAUUCGUUGUUCAUAAGGCAAUUCGUGCGAAAUCAUUGACAGAAGAUAUGAAGUCUGAACAAUUAGAAAAAACUCUGAAAAAUAUCGCCGAAAAACUAAAGGACACGAAGAAUAAGCUUGACGGUAAACAGUGAAUACGUUCAUUGUAGACUAUUGAAUUCCUA